AUGGCCGGAGUACAAGCAAUGGUGCGGAUAAUGCUGGAUCAACAGAUGGAAGAAACAAGGCGUUUACUUCAACAAAGUAAGGACAAACUUACUAUGUCAGUACGUCAGACACCCACUCUUGAGGCGACCAUCUGGGUUGCUAAGUCUGUUGAUAAAGUGAUCAAUGGUAGUAUCACCAGCAAGGUUGAGGUUGGCAAAAAGAGGAAAUUUGAGGGUUCUUCAAGGUCUGACAAGAACAACAUGUCCUCGAAGUCUGGAGGAGUAGGUAAAGCAAAAUGGUGUGACAAGUAUGGAAGGAAAAACAAUGGUAGAUGCCCUAAGGAAGUAACCUGCUUCAAAUGCGGGAAGACUGGUCACUAUGCCCACGAAUGCCCAACCGAGGAGGAGGUUUGCUUUAAGUGUAGAAAAGAGGGACACUUCAAGCAAGAAUGUCCAAUGAGAGCUACAAGGCCAAGAUUUCACAUGCCCAAAGACCCCUAUUUCCCUAACCAGGGAAAUGAUAAGUGGAUCGAAGAGGGCCCUAAGGAGGAUCCUAAGGAACUAAUGGAAGAAGAACCCAAAGAGGAUCCAGAGGAGGAGAAAGAAGAAGACGAGGAAGAGAAAGAUGAGGACUCGCAUGCAGAGUCCGAAAAGUAUGCCACCAAGGAAGUCAAACAUGCCCAAGAACAUCACACCAACAGCCCCACCACCACCACCACCUUCACAAUGGGAUUAUGCGGUGUUCCAGGAAGCCGUAACAUCCGCUGUGGCCCAAAUCAACAGCAACAGCAACGAAGGUGGAUACGAGACUGA